GAUUAUUAUAGUAAAGUGAUCUGAAAGUGAGAUGUCAGUAAUCUUGAAUCACAAUCACAAUCACGAUGCAACCCCUUGAUGGAUUGUGCUUGCCUCCUGGAAUGCAAUUUUCCAUCAAUUUUCCCGCGCGAUCGCAAUUUAUCGAGAUGACGCUUGGCCUUUUGCUUGCAUCGUUAAAAAUCCACCACUCAGUUUCUCUCUGAAUUCACAUGUGUACGGAGGAAUAAUCUUUAUCUGGCUAACUAGCUUUUGUGUCUAUAUAAGUUAAAAGCGCAAGAAUCUUGUUGACUUUAACCGAAUUAUAAAGUGAACAUGAGACAGGAGUGUAGUAUUGCUUGCUAAUGCAACAUGUGAUCGUUAACUCAGUCGAUUUCUAUCGAUCAGAACGUGCACAGUAUCUCUCAUUAUGAUCUCAAUUUAUUUGUUUACAACUUUCUUUGCAUUAUUUGCUUAUCUUCUCUUUAAAUACUGUUACAACUACUUUAGAAUUGUAGUAAAAAUAUGGGAUAUGCCCCUUGCAUAUCCGGUACCCUUUCUUGGAUGUUCUGUGAAGUUCUUCAGAAAAAAGGAUGAAGAUCUUCUCACCGAGUUAAUUAAAGUGGUGGAAAAUAAGGAGACUCCAUGCAAUGCUGCCUUCUUGGGCCCCCUUUGUCACGUCUUUGUUACACAUCACGAAGAUGUGAAGGUUCUAUUGACAUCACCCGAUGCCCUAGACAAAACUUAUCACUACAGAUAUCUAUUCAAUGAGACAAAUCUCCUCGUAGUUCCAGGUCACGUGUGGAAAGUGCAUCGGAAGCUUCUAAAUCCCCACUUUACAUCACCAGUUGUUCACACGUUCAUUCCGCUCUUUAACAUCAAGAUUGAUAUACUUGUGCGGAAGAUACGUGAGAAUAUACUGAGCAAUGAACCCGAUAUUCGUGAUACUGUGCACAAUUGCUUCUUGGACAUGAUCUGUGCCACGACCUUUGGGGUGGAUCUGAACCUUCAAGAGGGCAAACAUACUGAAUUUGCCGAAGCAAUUGAUAACUACGCGAAAAUGGUAGCAAGGCGAUUCUUCAAUUUCUACCUUCAGGUCAAUUGGAUUUUUCGUUGGACACCAGUUGGACGAUUGUAUCAUAAAUCUCUCAAUGUGCUUCACAAUAUGACAAAGAAAGUAGUCAAAGAGCACAUAAAAAACCGCCAAAAUAGCCCUGAACUAACAAGUGCAGACAACUCUUCCUCAACUCUGAUGCAUCACGUGGUAAAUCUUUUGGAGGACGGCCUCUUUACUCAGGAAAAUUUGUAUGAUACAGUAGAAAUAAUGAUUCUAGCUGGUUUUGAAACAGCUGCAGUUACCAUGAUGAAUAUCUUCCUUAUGUUAGCCAUGCAUCCUGAUGUUCAGGAACGAUGUCUUGAGGAAAUUCUAAGAGUAUGUGGACAGGAUGGGGAUGUUACAGGGCAGGAUAUUGUGCAACUGCAUUAUGUGGAAACUGUGAUCAAGGAAACUUUGAGGCUUUAUCCGGUUGCUCCAACAAUUGGGCGAAAGCCUUCAAAAGAUAUUCAACUGAGAAAUCGGAUUAUCCCAAAAGGCGUCCACAUAAUUAUUGUCAGCUACCUGGUGCACAGGGAUCCAAAAGUUUGGGGUGAAGAUUCGAAUGACUUCAAGCCAGAUCGUUUUCAACCUGAGAAUUUCUCCAAGAUUCCCUACUACAGUUAUAUUCCCUACAGUGCCGGUUCGAGAAAUUGCAUUGGACCAAAGUACGCAAUGCUAGUAAUGAAAAUUGUACUUGUUAAGGUUCUCAGGAAGUACUUCUUCUACACAGCCAGGCCCCUUAAAAUGAGUGAUCUUAAGUGUGCAAUGUAUACAACAAUUAAAAUUAUCCAGAUCAAUGAACUCCGUGUGAAAGAAAGAUUGCAGUAAAUUUCCUGUUUAGAUUGAGAUUUGAAAAAUAAAAUGACUUUUUUUCACUAGAAUAA